UCAAGCUGUCUGCUGGUGAGUCCGGAUUGUGGCGCAGAGUCAGUGUGUGUUCGAAGUGAUUUCCGGCUCGGCGGAAGAAUGGAGAGAGGAAGUGUGCUUGAGUGUCUGCAAGGGUGUUGAGAUGUGAGCCAUAUUCUUGGACAACAGUGUCUCUUUUCAGAUUAUGUCAAUUAGCAUAAAACAAUAGGAUUUUAUCGUCGUAUGUGAGCUUAAGAAUUUCGUGUGGAAUUUCUUUUCCACAGCAAACAAAUCAAACAAACAGACUUUCACCAUUUCUCUGCAAUCUUCCCAUCACACUUCUGUUGAAAUAGUAAAAAAAACAACAACAUAUUGGUGUGAUGUUGAGCUUCAAAUAAAAAUCAGUGAUCGAUCGUGAAGGAUCAUCAGAGUGGAGGUUGAAAAGAAAAUAUGUGUGAGCACAUAAUAGCAAAAUAUUGAGACGGUGAAAAAUUGUGUGGGAAAAGUUUCAAAAAAAAAAAUCUUGCGGAAAUUAUGAUGAGUGCAAAAAGUUCUUUCCUCACUUUGUGAUUGAUACUGAUUGAGCAAUUUACUGUCUGUGUGUGUUCGGUGACACGUGGAGUUUUCAACUGCGGAAGUUUCUUUGGACUUUUCAUAAAGGUGAACGUGUGCUGAAGAGUAACUUUUUUCCUGAGAAAGCUGUACAGCGCGCGAGGUGAUUUUUUCCGCCGCAAGAGACUGACUUUUCCAGCAUUUUCGGGGGCGCGCCAAGUGCGGGAGGACGAGAUAAAAGAGGCGAAAUGGAGCAUGCAGAUCUUGUCGCGGAAAUGGCUCAAGUGGAGCAUCUCUCGACACAGGACCGUCUCCAGUUGGCACGAAUGCGACGCGCACAGCAGCUGAAAGUGGCCAAACAGAAGGAGAAGGAGUGGCAAAAGUCCCAGAAUCGCCGCGAUCGGAACUCCAGCGUGAGCUGCCGAAAGAAGAGACACAUUGAGUUCGAGAACAGUGUUAUGCUGCUUGAGGCUGCCGCCAGGAAUGACAUUGUCGAGGUGGCGAAAUUGCUGCAGAAGGGCGUGACGCCGGACGCAACCAACGAGGAUGGACUCACGGCUCUGCAUCAGUGCUGUAUUGACAACAAUGCGGACAUGCUGCGACUACUGCUCGACUAUGGCGCCAAUGUGAAUGCCCAGGACAGCGAGAAGUGGACGCCACUUCAUGCCGCCGCCACAUGUGGCCACCUGAGCCUGGUGAAGUUCCUGAUAAGUCGCGGUGCGAAUCUGCUGGCGGUGAAUGCGGACGGCAACAUGCCAUACGAUCUCUGUGAUGACGAGGAGACACUGGACUGCAUAGAGGCUGAGAUGUCGCGGCGCGGCGUCACACAGGAGUUGAUAGAUGAGACGCGCGCGGGCACGGAGAUGGUGAUGCUGAGCGACCUCGAGGAGAUGGCCAUGAUGGGCGGCGACCUGGAGUGGCCGGACAAUCAGGGUGCCACACCGCUGCACAUUGCAUCGGCGAAUGGAUACGGGCGCGUAGUGGAGUUCCUGCUGGACCAACACGUUCUUGUCGAUGCGGUGGACAAUGAUUUGUGGACGCCUGUGCAUGCUGCAGCGUGCUGGGGACACCUGGAAGUGCUGGAAAUGCUGGCACAGGCGGGAGCUGAUUUGUUUGCCAAAAAUAGGAAUGAUGAGACACCAUCAGAUAUUUGCGAAGAUGCAGAAAUAAGAGAGAGAAUUGAACAAUUAAAGACGGAACAGGAGAGCAAGAGAUUGGCGGAGGCGCAGAAACGUCGAGUGAAACGAUCCCAAAGUAACAAUACAAGGUACAAAAGGGCACAAUCCGUUCGUCGCACAUCACUGAGAGACAAGACAUUGACGACAAAGAAGGACGCAGUGGAGGAGGCGCGAUUGCGAUUGCAAGCUCAAGAGGGCUACACAACAACCGAUGGCACGCCAGAGCCUCUGUCUCUGGCCUCAGAGUCUUCAGCUCCGCCGUCCAUGCGGCCGAACAACUGCCACCACAGCGCCAACAACAACGGCAGCGUCCAGCAGAAUGGCGCAACGCCGGGCGCCAUUAACAACAAUACUCGAUAUCCACAGAGCAAUUUGGCAUACGGUGCCACGCAAUCGUCCAUCAGCACGAAUCCCAAUCACGUGGACGGCUCGCCGACGGCAUCGCACAACCGGCGCUCGCCGGAGGGCAAGGACAACGAGAUGGGCAGCCUGCAGUACAUGGCGGAGGAUGGCAAGAAGGUGGUGAACAACAAUGCACUCGUGUCUCAGCGCAACAGCGCCGCCAGUUCGGCUGACUUGGCGGCCACGGAGAUUUACACGGCCAGCAAUGAGAAUGGGAAGAUUAACGUGCAAGUCACAGUGCUGUUCGAUGCUCACACUGUAGAUCACUCCAUCGCAGGGACUUUGGCGGACCUGAAGAAGCAUCGCGCACAGUCGAGGAGCAGCAACAGUCCGGAGAAUGGCUCCAUUCUCACCACACAGAGUCUCACGGGUGGCGCACCGGGCGGCGCCAGCUCGCCCGCCCUCGAGCUAUCCCUCGUGUCGUCGCCCAGCCUCCAGAGCACGCCGGCAAAGUUCAGUGGCAUCACUGGCGACGUCGUGAGCGACAGCACGCGCUCCAGGAAGUGCUGCGUCAUUAUGUAGAUGUGAAGCGGCCGAAUUUGGUGAGCUUCUUCGCGGGCAUUGAGAGAAAUCAGUUGAGUUAGUGAUUGAUUAAAGCCACGCCCAUUCGUUUGCCACGCCCAAUGGCGACUUGAGAUCCUUUCCUUAACAUUUUGUGUUGAAGCGCAAGAACUGUGAGGAUCCUAAAGUACCUCUUGAGAUGUUUUUCACUCGAAGAAUUUCUGAAUUUCGCCCCAUUUUGUUUGAUAAAAUGUAUGUUCCUUUUCUGAAUAAUUAUCACUUAUUUUGAAAUAAUCAAAUGACAAAAUUUGUUGUACUUUUGAAUCACGUAAAAA